AUGGGGUCCAUGGGGACCCUCAACCUCGACAAUUAUGGCGGUCCUUUCCUCAUCAUCAAGGAUCAGGAAUGCAAGUCUCAUCUUAUGGUACUUGAGGCCCUCAAAUCUCAUAUGAUGGCAGCAAAGGCUGUAGCAAAUACAAUGAAAACAUCACUUGGACCAAAUGGGCUUGAUAAGAUGAUGGUGAAUAAGCAUGGAGACAUGACUGUAACCAACGAUAGUGCCACCCUCUUAAGCAUGAUGGAUGUUGACCAUCAGAUCACCAAGCUGAUGGCUGAACUAUCCGAAUCACAGGAUGAUGAGACUGGAGAUGGAACCACAGGAGUGGUUGUCCUGUUGGAAAUGGCUGAGCAGCUGCUGGACCUCCACAUUCACCCAAUCAGGAUCACUGACGGCCCGGAGCAGGCCACCUGCAUCAUUACUGAGCACCUGGGCAAGAUCAGCAACAGUGUCCUUGUCGACACGAAGAACACUGAGCCCCUGAUCCAGACAGCGAAGACCACGCUGGGCUCCAAAGUAAUUAACAGCUAUCACUGA